AUUUUAUCAUAACAUAUGAUUAUUGGAAUAUUUACUAUCGUUUUCAAUUCAAGAACUUUCCGAAUAACGCAUCAAAGAAGUGGCAUAAAAUAAUGAAACCAUCAAAAGAAAACCUAAUUAGAAAAGCAAGCAUGAGGAGCCCAUCGAAGAUAGAAGCUGACCGGGACUUCGCCACUCUGAUGGAGCUGUACAAAGUGAAGAUUGAUAAGACACAGUUAGUCGUCCCUUUUGGUCCUGUCUUUACAGAUAUUAGUGAUAAAGGUAUUCGUGUAUUUCUUGAUGAGAGGCUCAAGGAGUCCUGCAAAGAACUGCCCAAAUAUUCCAACUUACUAAGCCCAGCUUCUAUAUCAUUAACACCAGAACAGUUUAAAAGGUUCAUAAUGGCUACUAGGUCUUUUCUUAUGACAAUUUUUAAGGAUCAUCUGAUCAUUCCUCAAUUCAAAUUAUUUGAGACAGAAAUUUUAUUUUUGUUUGAAUCUUGCAAACUUGAUGAUUCGGGUGAGGUGUAUGAAGCAGUGCCACACCUCAAAAAAAUUGACAAAAAUCUGUGGCAGUUGGGCUUCUGUUCCAUAGAGGGCCAGGUUUAUCUCACUCAUUCUGACAACUUAGAACCUUUUCCACUCAUGGCCAUCAGCAAGCUGUUUCUGUAUGCUUUGGCUAUAGAUUUGCUUGGUUUUGAAGUAGUACAUGCUUAUGUUGGCCUCCACACUACAAGGAAAUCUCUGUUUGCAAAAGAAUGUGUCCCAGCAACCUCUAGAUCCUUCAAAAAACCUGUGAAUCCUGCAACAGAAUGUGGAGCGAUAGUACUUUGUUCACUUCUCUAUAAUGUGGCUUUAAAGGAUCUUUCCCUCCCAGCAAAAUAUGAUUAUGUUCAUUCAUAUAUAAAAGAAAUGGCAGGAGUAGGUCACAUUGGGACUGAUAAAUCAAUAUUUAUGUCAAUGAUGGACAAUAACUUGGAAUACAUUAGUCUUUGCUACUAUUUAGAGAGUUGUAAAGCAUUGAAGUGGCCACAUGACAUUACCAAGGAUUUAGAAUUUUAUUUACACGUAUGUUCUUUUGAAGCCAAUAUUGAGUCACUGAGCAUUAUUGGUGCAACCAUAGCAAAUGAUGGCGUCAAUCCAUUCACAUUGAAGAGGGUAAUUAAAGAAGGUCAUUGUCGAUAUUUGUAUAAUUACAUGACAUUGUUUUCUAGUGGAGCAGCAUCAGCUCUUUGGGUUCGCAAGGUAGGCUUGCCUGUUGCUUUUGGUGAGUCCGGUUGUUGUUUGGUAAUUUUGCCAGGUGUAAUGGCAUACAGCUUCAUAUCUCCAAAUCUCAAUAAAUUAGGAUUUAGUUCAAGAGCUUAUAAAUACAUAAAGAAUAUGUGUAAUCUUUAUGAUCUUCAUCCUUUCGAAUGUUUGAAAAAAGAAGAAGAAAAAAAAGAUGUAUGUCCAUAUUCGUGCUCCAUGUUCAAAGUAGUUGGAGAUGGAGAUUUCUUUUUGUUGUUCAGUUUGAUUCAAAUUGGCAUGAAACCUUGUGCAAAAAAUCAGUUGGAUCAAACAAUUCUUCACUUUGCUGCAGCUACAGGAAAUUUAAAAUUUGUUGAAUUCAUCCUGUUACUUUGUCCUUAUCUACUUUUGAAAAAAGAUGUACUGGGAAACUCUGCAAGUAAAGUUGCUGCUUUCUUUGGCCAUAAAGAUGUAUCAGCCUUUCUAGAUGCAAGAGAAGAAGGAAGAAGGCAUAGCCAAAACAUGUUUAGAGGAAUUUCUUCAAAUGUUGGCGUGCCAACAUAAAUAAAUGUUUUUAUGAUAAACAACCCUAUCUUGGUUUGUCA